AUGCGGGACGGUGGCUUAGGAAAGCUGCACAAGAAGAUGAGGCGGUUUGGUGAUACUUUGAACCCGGAGGAUGCGUAUCUUAGUUUGACGAGGGAGGACAUGCAGACCCUCAAGAAUGACUGGCUUACGGAUAAUAUUAUUUCCUUCUGGGAGGAAUAUCUGGAGAGGGAGUUCCUCGCUCAGUAUAAGACGUCCAAUAUUGUGCUUCUUCGUCCCAGCAUGUCUUUCAUGCUAUUGCAGACGCCGAAUCCGCACUCAUUGCGUGAGGCUUUACCCGACUUCUCGCGUACAACACAUGUCUUUCUUCCCAUCAACGAUUGCCGAAACGUGACUGAAGCAGAGGGUGGCUCGCACUGGUCCCUUCUGCUGAUAUCCAUCGUUGACGGCGUGGCAUUUCACUAUGAUUCGCUGCCUCCGGGGAAUUACUGGGAGGCAAGAGCCGUGACGCAGAAAUUUGGCACGCUUCUCAACCGGCCAAUACGGUUUAUUCAUCUGGAAGAUUCCCCCGUACAGGAAAAUGGCAGCGAUUGCGGCGUCUUCGUAUGCCUGAGUAUGCGGCACCUUCUUCUGAAACGGCUGUUAACUGCCAAUGCAAAUGAGAAAGUCAGCAUGAGCUUGGGCGGGAGGAAGGUUGAUGCUCGUGCUGGCAGGAAAGAGAUCGCCAAGAUUAUCGAAGGCUUUCGAAAAGAAGGCGAGAGGCGUCGGUCGCAUCAGCGGACUAACGAGCAGGAUAUGUCGGGCUACGACAAGCAAAAUCCGCAAGCAACAUCGACAUCUUUGCAGGUCUACAAGCUUCUGUCCCAUUGGAUAUAUGAUAUUGGACACCCUGAUUAUGUACGCUCUCCGAUUCCAUCCCAUGUCAAUCGCUCCAAUUGUCGUUCCUCUAUUGCCGUGGCUGUCGAUAUGUGCCUCCCUGGUGCCGUCAUUGCCUUUUGCUGCUUCCUCACCCCCUCUGUCGGUGCUGCUCUUUCCUCCUCGACUUCCUCUUGA